AUGUUACAAAAUGAAUCAAUUUUAUUAGUGGCCGAUAAUUCCGGAGCCAAAAAAUUAUUAGUAAUUCGCUGUUUGGGUGGUUCUAAUCGCCGUUAUAGUCGGAUUGGUGAUUUAGUUAUUGCUACUGUGAAAAAAGCUGACCCGCAUUCUGAAAAUGUUAAAAAAGGACAAGUGGUAAUGGCACUAAUAGUGGCUACCCGCCAAAGAUUUCGUCGGCAUAAUAAUACUUGGAUAAAAUUUAGCAAAAAUUACGGCGUGUUAGUAAAAAAAGAAAGCAAAGAGCCAGUCGGAACUCGGGUUUUUGUUCCUUUAUUAACUGAACUUGAGGAGUGA